GAAGUGCACGCAAAUAUUGGGACCCCCAAUCACAAAAGCACCCCCAGCAUUAGGCGGCCCCAACAGGUCGGGGAGGAAAUAAAUAACGGCAGGGGGAGGCCUGGGGCAGUUACACCGGGUCUUUGUAGGGAAGGAUGAGCGCAACAAGCUGGAACAACCUGUCCGCCGGGCAGAAGGUGGCUGUCGCGGUUGGCAUAUCCGCAGGAGCCGCCAUGCUGUGUGUCUGCUACGCCAGAUAUCGCGGCGGGAGAGUUCCCGGAAAAUCCCUUCCCGCCGAUGGAGAAAACGUCAAGCAUCGUAUGAAGGUUCCUCGGGAUGCAUUGAAACUCCUCGUUGGAAAAGAAGGCGCAAUUCGGAAGCGGCUCAGGAAACAGACGGAUGCCCGUAUCGAGGUGGGCCGCGGUCCGGACGAGGGGGGAGAAUGCGAGCUGCUCAUCGCAGGCAGCGCCGCUCAGGUGUAUCAGGCCAAGGAAGCGGUGCAUGGAAUCCUGCAGAACGCGGUACUGAGCGUGGAGCUGCAGCUGCCUUCCCGGUGCAUGCCUCGCAUUAUAGGGCAAGGUGGCGACCGGAUCCGGGCCAUAAGCAAGAGUUCUGGGGCUAAAAUCCAGUGCGAGCAGAAACAUGGGGAUGCCGAUGUGGCCCCAACCAGACGCAUCAUCGUGUCGGGGACUAAAGAGCAAGUGGAGGCAGCCAAGAUUCUAAUCCAAAAAGUAUCUGAAGAGGAGGAAAAUCUUCAGCAAAGGGCAGCCAAAUCCUCGGCCUUCCGCUGCCGGAGAAAGGAGAUAAUAGCCGUGAAGAAGAAGGAUGGACGGGAGGCGGCUGAUGAGCGGGCAGCUGGCCAGAACGACCGGAAGCCCGGCCAGGAUAAGGAGGUCGCUGCCACGAGGAACGAUGGGUCCCAGGAGCAGAGGAAACUCAGCCAGGAGGACAUCACAGAUGCCACGUACAACGUUCCCAGGUUUGAAGUCCCGAGUCCAGACUUCACGUUCUCCGCAGACGAGUACGUUGAUGUUUAUGUGUCGGCCAUGGAGAACCCAGAGCACUUCUGGAUCCAGAUCCUGGGUUCUCGAUCGUCCCAGCUGGACAAACUUACCACAGAGAUGACCGAACACUACCAAAAGCAGCAGAGCUCAGUUGCUGACAUCCAGGCGGGAGACAUCGUGGCCGCCCCGUUUCACGCAGACAAGUUUUGGUACCGAGCCAAGGUACUGGGAUUCCUCGAAAAUGGAAACGUGGAUCUGUAUUACGUGGACUAUGGAGACAACUGGGCGACGGCUGUGGAGAACGUCUGUCCUCUCCGAAGUGACUUCCUGAGCCUUCCGUUCCAGGCCAUUGAAUGCAGCCUGGUUGGUAUCGCUUCCCUUGAUGGACAGUGGAGCGAGACGGCACUGGAUGUGUUCGAGAGCCUGACGUACUGUGCCCAGUGGAAGCCUUUGCUGGCCAAGAUCAGUAGCUUCCCAUCCCCUGGGGUCUCUCCUUGCUUCCUGGUCCGGCUGUACGACCUCUCCACAGAACCGAUUGUGGAUAUCGGGCAGCAGCUGAUCAGCCAGGGGCUUGCCACCGAGCGCAAAGAUAGUCCCCUCCAAGCUGAUGAGGAAGAAAAUCUAGUAUCUCGGCUCAUGGACGAAGUCUCCAACUGCUCCAUGGGACCGGAAUCCUUCAGCUUCGCGAGUCACCAGGAGGAGCAGCUGCUGGCAUCUUAAGUUCUGCUCACCUCCGGGAGCGACGACGAUGAUGUGAUCCUGGUGGACGACCGUUCUUAAAUCGCCUCGGCUUCGGGGAGUAUCCUGCGCUGUUGCACUAAACGUUCUGAAUGUUUACCGGUUGUAAAUAUUGUUAAACUGUUUAAUAAAGUUAUUUAAGUCAGA